AGAGAAUCAUUGAUUGAUAUCACUGGAGAUAUUUCCUCAUCCUGUUAUCGUCCAGCCCACUUUUUGUCAAAGUUCAUUUCACUGAGAAUUGAAAAUCCACAGGGAUCUUUGAUUUGUUACCUGUCCUUUUUCACAUACAGGUACAGCACGAGCCCGUGUCUUGCUACAAAUAUGUCCACUUGUCUUUCCUGCAAGAUAGAAUAUGGCCAAGUAAGCAUAUCAUUCAAAGAGAGAAAAGCAAGCAGAAAGUGAAAGGAGUGUAGUUCUCUGUAUGUCAGAAUCUGCAUCGGAAUCUGAAAAUUUGAGCUAGAGAAUGGGAACAGACAACGAGAUGGUCGGAGCUUCAUCAGAUCUUCAUAAUCGUGAAUCGGAUAUAGAGCUCAUUGGAGGUGAGAGGGCAUCUAAUAGUGGUCCAUUAAGUGGACCUUUGAACAAAAGGGUUGGGAGGAAGAGUACGCAGUUCAGUGUUCCUGAAUCCAGCGCCGACAUUAUUGUUGGUAGCAGCAGUGGCAACAAACCAGAGGAUGGAGACGACGGAGCCUAUGUUGAGGUCACAAUGGAUAUACAAGGAGACUCUGUUGCUUUACACAGCGUUAAGACUGUUGCCGGUGGGGAUCUCCGUGAAGAUGAGAGAUCUGGUUUGCUUGGAAAAGGCCUUGAGAAGAAAACAUCCUUUGGUGCUUCACUUGUGCGUAAUGCUUCUAUCAAAGUCAAGCAUGUUUCUCAGGAGCUGAAGCGUUUGGCUUCGUUUUCAAAGUCAUCAGCACCAAUGAAACACUAUGAUAGGACUAAAUCUGCAGCUGCUCAUGCUCUCAAGGGACUCAAGUUCAUCAGUAAAACUGAUGGAGGUGCAGGAUGGGAUGAGGUUGAGAAGCAGUUUGACAAGCUUACUGCAACCACAGAUGGCUAUCUUACUCGUGAUCUCUUUGGAAAAUGUAUAGGAAUGAACAAGGAAUCUGAGGCUUUUGCACUGGAGCUGUUUGAUGCUCUCGCUCGGAAGAGAGGUAUCCUGGGGGAUUCCAUUAACAAGGCGCAUCUGAGGGAUUUUUUGGACCAGAUUUCCGACCAAAGCUUCGACUCUAGGCUUAGAACAUUCUUUGACAUGGUGGAUAAAGAUGCAGAUGGCAGAAUAACUGAGGAAGAAAUCAAAGAGAUUAUCUGCCUUAGCGCCACUACCAACAAACUCGCAAAUAUCCAGAAACAAGCAGAGGAAUAUGCAGCUUUGAUCAUGGAAGAACUAGACCCAGAUAACACAGGAUUUAUCAUGAUAGACAACCUGGAGGUGCUAUUGUUGCAUGGACCUGAAAAUUCUAAAAGGGGAGACAGCAAGUACCUGAGCCAAAUGCUAAGCCAAAAGCUGAAGCCUACCUAUGACAACAAUGUUAUAAGGCGGUGGUACAGGGACACCACAUACUUCUUACAGGAUAAUUGGCAGAGAGCUUGGGUAUUGACACUGUGGUUAGGUGUGAUGGCAGGUCUAUUUGCCUACAAGUACGUGCAGUAUCGAGAAAGAGAUGACGUGUAUGAUGUAAUGGGCCAUUGUGUGUGCAUGGCGAAAGGUGCAGCUGAGACGCUAAAAUUGAACAUGGCUCUUAUUUUGUUACCUGUUUGCCGAAACACCAUCACCUGGAUCAGGAAUAGGACCAGGCUAGGUGUUGUGGUUCCUUUUGAUGACAACCUCAACUUCCACAAGGUGAUAGCUGUAGGAGUAACAUUUGGCGUUGGUAUACAUGGUAUUUAUCAUCUUGCUUGUGAUUUUCCUCGCCUUCUUCGUGCAAGUAAUGAAAAGUACAAGUUUAUGGUGCAAUAUUUCGGACCCAAACCUUCUAGUUAUUGGCAUUUUGUCAAAUCAUGGGAAGGAGUGACAGGGAUUAUAAUGGUUGUGCUAAUGGCAAUAGCAUUCACCCUGGCCACCCCUUGGUUCAGGAGAGGCAGGGUGAAGCUACCCAGACCCUUUGACAAGCUAACCGGUUUCAAUGCCUUUUGGUAUUCCCAUCACCUCUUCAUCAUUGUGUAUGCUAUGUUGAUAGUGCAUGGAGAGAAACUUUACUUGACCAAGAAAUGGUACAAGAAAACGACCUGGAUGUAUUUGGCUAUUCCUGUCAUCAUUUAUGUAUUAGAAAGAUUGAUUAGAGCUCUCAGAUCGAGCAUCAAGCCUGUGAGAAUAUUAAAGGUGGCUGUUUAUCCUGGAAAUGUGUUAGCAAUUCACAUGUCAAAGCCUCAUGGAUUUAGAUACAGAAGUGGACAAUUUAUGUUUGUCAAUUGUGCUGCUGUAUCUCCGUUUGAAUGGCAUCCAUUCUCCAUAACCUCAGCACCUGGUGAUGACUACCUUAGCGUUCAUAUUCGAACAGCAGGUGACUGGACCCGGAGCCUAAAAGCAAAAUUCUCAGAGGCGUGCCGGCCUCCGCCAAAUGGUAUGAGUGGACUGUUAAGAGCUGAAUGCAUGCAAGGAGAUAGCAAUCCAAGCUCUCUUCCCAAAGUUCUGAUUGAUGGUCCAUAUGGAGCGCCAGCUCAAGACUAUCAAAAGUAUGAGGUAGUUUUGCUAGUGGGAUUGGGAAUAGGGGCAACCCCAAUGAUCAGUAUAGUGAAGGACAUAGUAAAUAACUACAAGGCCAUGGAAGAAGAGGAGGAGAUGGCGUUAGAGGAAGGAGCAAGUGGUAAAUCACAAAAAUCCCAAGAAAGAAAAGCUGGACACAGUGGGUUUAAAACCAGGAAGGCAUACUUCUACUGGGUGACUAGAGAACAGGGUUCUUUUGACUGGUUCAAAGGGGUAAUGAACGAGACGGCUGAAGCAGACCACCGUGGAGUGAUUGAGCUCCACAAUUACUGCACUAGUGUCUAUGAAGAGGGUGACGCACGCUCUGCUCUUAUCGCUAUGCUGCAGUCUCUAAAUCACGCAAGGAAUGGCGUCGACAUUGUCUCUGGCACUCACGUCAUGACUCACUUUGCCAAACCCAAUUGGCGCAGUGUCUACAAGCGCAUCGCGCUUGCUCAUCCACAAGCCCGGGUUGGGGUGUUUUACUGUGGGAUCCAGGCGCUCACAACAGAGCUUCGCCAAUUAGCUUCGGAUUUCUCUCACAAGACAAGCACGAAAUUCGACUUCCAUAAAGAAAAUUUCUGAUGAGAUGGACGUUAUGUCAGGGGAGAAAUAAAGAAAGAAGAUGUGGGAAUGAUAUGGUCCUCUACUUCUUGAUCCCCACCAUCAUGAUAGGCCUAGGCCAGUGCCUGAAUGUACAGUUUUUUGUGACGAUGCAUAUUUCUUUGUAUUGUUGAUCAUAAUAAUAUGUAACGAAGGAAGAUGUAAUUAAAGAUGUGGUUAGUUGCCGAUUGGGUGGAUGACUGUGACAUCUGGGCGUCAGCAUGACGCUUACGUAUGUGCAGGGCUUACGGAAGCAAUUCCAAAAGCCAAUGCUGCAGAAGAGAUUGGAAGAAAGCGGAUUCGGAGCAUAUACCAAAUCGUUUGUCCUACCAGAAUGUACCCGACUAGGUUUAUUAAAUGAGAUCCUCUAUUUGUAAUUAGAAAUUAAUAAUUAAAUAAUUAAUUCCUGAUUCCAGAGA